AUAGUUUUAGAAAUGUGCUAUAUAAAUAAAACCUGAUUUGAUUUGAUGCAGGCUACUUAAAUGUAUGUAUACUGCAAGCUUUCCUGUUUUAAAUCAUAUUUCCUGUGCGGUGGUUUUGUAACUGGAGUUCAGCAAUCCUUUUGGACACCCGCAGUGAACAGUCAGCUCAUGGCUGUCAGCUAACACAUUUAGCAUCUCUUGCUCCUCUUUGCUACGCCUCCCUGGUAAAGUUUCCAUGUUGGAAAAUAGUCAAUUGUAGCUAGCUGUUUUUGGUCUGUUGUUUGCUGUGAAAGCGAAUGACAGAACAGGGCCUACCAGCCAUAUUCUACCCAGAGUAGACCUGUUGAUUAACAGUCAGUUUAAGCAUUUCUGAUGAUGCACUUCUUUCCUUCCCAACAGUGUCGAAGGCGGUCGGUUCAAUGUCAGCCAUUGCCCUCAGUGUGACCAUGUACCAUCGCUCCAUGCGCUCCUUCCUGCCCGACAAGGAGAAGCAGCAGUUGAUCUCAUCGGUGGUGUACUUCCUGUGGAACCUGCUCCUCAUCUCCUCUCGCCUCACUGCCCUCGCCCUCUUUGCUUCCGUGCUGCCCUGCUUCAUCUUCACCCACUUCCUGUGUUCCUGGCUAGUUCUGUUCUUCUUCCUCUGGCGAUCCAAGACCGACUUCAUGAGUAGCCCCUGCGGAGAGUGGCUUUACCGAGCCACCGUGGCCCUUAUUUGGUAUUUCGACUGGUUUAACGCGUUCAAAGGGGGGACGAGGUGCAAGACUAUGGUCUACCACGGGUACAUACUGGUGGACAUUUCCGUCCUCUGCAGUUUGUGGUGCUGGAAGAUGAUCACGGAUCCACCAUUGUUUGAAGUUCAACUGCCAUAUGCUGUAAUCGCUGUGGUCACUGUUGUUGCAGUCUAUAUCCUUGGUCUCGUUUUAAAAAUCAUUUAUUAUCGGUGCUACCAUCCAAACCUGUCUAAAGAGGAGUUGAAAGGGGAUGACACUAAAGGGCCCCCGGUUGAUAAACGAUUAAUGAUAUGUGAAAUACCUUCUGAAGAUGUGGUAGAUCUGUCCAAAGAUGAUUUAGAGGACAACGUUAGGUUUAGAGAUCUAAAUGAUGAAGGUCGCAGCAAUCCCGCCAAACCAGCAACCGAAAUCAAACGUUGCAAUAAAAGAAUGAGGAAGUUGGCUGAGAACUUCUACUCCUGACCUGCAUCACCUGACCUCCACCGGACUGAGUCAUGCAGACUUGACCAUCAUGGGGUUGUGAGGGAUAGAAGGACCUGCUUCCUGAUUGUCCUCAGAUUCAACCUCAUGGGUUUAACCUAGACUGCUGCUUGUAAGCACGUAGCCUCAUUCUGCUGUGCACAUGAAGCUGCGUUAUAUUUGAAAGCUAAUCAAAAUCACAUGGGCAAUUACACAAAUUAUUUUAUUUAUUUAUUACAUUUUGAGAUGCCUGUGCCCUCUGAGUGCAUUUCUAGUUAUUACUAGUUCCAUGUGUUUCCUCUUUGUGCAAAAAAGCAUUCCCCUAUUUAAGUGACUGUAUGGAAGGUGGCUCAACUUUAAAGAGAUCCUAUUGUGUUCAUUUGCAGGUUCAUAUGACUAUUUUGUGCCUCUACUGUGAAAUGUACCAUGCUUAAAUGUUGAAAAAGCUCUGCAGCACCUCUUUUCACCCUCUGU